CCCAGGGGCAGGGGCAGGGGCUGCGGCGGGCGGCAGAGCCUCGGUGCGUCGGCAGCAUCCAGGUCCUGGCGUCUCCGGCCCCCCGCGCGCCUCGGCUCCGUGUCUCCACCCCUUCCCGCCCAUGUGGGGCUCCCACGGCCAGCCAGCUCGGCGCACUUUGCCCUCCGUUGGCAGCGAAUAAAAGGGGGUCAGAGGAAAUACGGGGCAGGGUUACCCACUUGCCAGCUCGAGCCUUUAAAAAUCUCCCGAGCCCGGGGAGGAACCCGCACAUCGGCUCUGGUCUGGGAUCUGGGAGCGCUAGGUCCCCCCGCGAAGCUCCGCGCACACAGGUUUUGUAGUUGCGCGAACGCACUCCAAGUCUCAGCCCCGGGAAAGUGAUCCCGGUGUCGGCGAGCCCCAGAUGCCGGCCCACUUGCUGCAGGAGGAGAUCUCCAGCUCCUAUACCACCACCACCACCAUCACAGCGCCGCCCCCGAGGGUCUUGCAGAAUGGUGGGGGCAAGGUGGAGAAACUUCCUCUCUAUUUGGAGGAAGACAUCCGGCCCGAGAUGAAAGAUGACAUCUUCGACCCGACCUACAAGGACAAGGAGGGCCCGAGGCCGAAAGUGGAGUACGUGUGGCGGAACAUCAUCCUCAUGUCGAUGCUGCAUCUGGGAGCCCUGUACGGGAUCGUGCUGAUCCCCUCCUGCCAACUGUACACUCUCCUGUGGGUGUUUAUAUACUACAUUAUUAGUGCCCUGGGCAUAACAGCCGGGGCACACCGCCUGUGGAGCCAUCGGACAUACAAAGCUCGGUUGCCUUUGCGCAUCUUCCUCAUCAUCGCCAACACCAUGGCCUUCCAGAAUGACGUCUUUGAAUGGGCCCGAGAUCACCGCGUCCACCACAAGUUUUCAGAAACAGAUGCCGACCCCCACAAUUCCCGCCGAGGCUUCUUCUUCUCUCACGUGGGCUGGCUGCUUGUUCGCAAACACCCGGCUGUCAAGGAGAAGGGGGCGCUGCUGGACCUGUCUGACCUGAAGUCUGAGAAGCUGGUGAUGUUUCAGAGGAGGCACUACAAAGCUGGUAUCCUGCUCAUGUGCUUCAUCCUGCCCACCCUGGUACCCUGGUAUUUCUGGAAUGAAACCUUCUACAACAGCUUGUAUGUGGCCACGUUCAUGCGUUAUACCUUGGUGCUCAAUGCCACCUGGCUGGUGAACAGUGCCGCACAUCUCUACGGGUACCGCCCUUACGACAAGACCAUUAAUCCCCGAGAGAACAUUCUGGUUUCACUGGGUGCUGUGGGUGAGGGCUUCCACAACUACCACCAUGCCUUUCCUUAUGACUACUCAGCCAGCGAGUAUCGCUAUCACAUCAACUUCACCACUUUCUUCAUCGACUGCAUGGCUCUGCUGGGGCUGGCUUACGACCGGAAGAAAGUCUCCAAGGCAGCUGUUUUGGCCAGGAUUAAAAGAACUGGAGAUGGCAGCAUCAAGAGUGGCUGAGUUCUGGUCCCUGGGGUCCAUUUUCCAAAAGCCAGCCAGGCAGUUUUAAUGUUCUGUUUAUUAACUACUGAAUAAUGCUACCAGGAUGCUAAAGAUGAUGACGUUAACCCAUUCCAGUACAGUAUUUUAAAAUGCAAAAGUAUUGAAAGCCAACAACUCUGCCUUCAUAUGAUGCUAAGCUGAUAUU